UCAGAAAAAAAAAAAGUCUAUCUUUCUCUUAAUGCACAAUUAUUUGUUCCUUGUCCCUCAAAAAUCGCGUGGAUCUCCUCACAAUUUUCCUUCCAUUAAUCAAUCUCCUCUCACUUUCUAUCCAUUCCACAUCCAAUCUCAGAUCACUCCCACAUAUGCAUAUUCUAUAUCGUUAAUUGAUUUAUUUAUUCUUCAAAGGAUAAAGAUCUAGGGUUCCGUGCUGAUUCCGCAGCUCCAAAUCUGAAUUCCUUCAACCGCAUUUCUCUUCGAUUCGUAUGCAUUGAAAUUCAACUUGUUCUCCAUUGUUACAAAACACAUAUCAAAUUCAGGAUUCGUUUUUUGAGUUCUGUUUCUGCUUUUUUCUGAUUUCCUUUUUUUUGAAUGAGAGAUAUUGGAACGAGAUUCGUUUAGAUGAGUAUGGAAGUCGUCACUGAUGCGGCGUCGUUGGACGUCGAAUUGUUGCAGCUCCCCGAGUUUUCCACUCUGUCCCUCAAAACUAACCUCAAUUUCGUCGAGAAGCUUUUCGAACAGUGGUUGUCGCUUCCCGAAAGUAAUCGAUUGGUAACAUCAUUGCUCAAUGAAGCUAAGUCAGGUGCUCCUUUGAAUGUUCCCGGGAGUUGCUCUAGCCCAAAUGCUGCUAGUAAUUCUUUGCCUUCAAUGUUUCCUGCUGGCACUGCUCCUCCUCUUUCACCAAGAAGUUCAUCUGGUUCCCCUCGUAUUGUGAAACAGAGAGCUGGCCCUUCUAAUCUGGGUUCUCCUUUGAAAGUUGUCAGUGAGCCAAUCAAAGAAGUGAUACCUCAGUUUUUCUUUCAACACGGACGGCCACCUCCAAAUGAACAAAAAGAACAAUGCUUGUUCAGAAUUGAUCAGUUAUUCCAUGAUCAUUUGGAUGGACUGCAGGUGCAUGAAUUCAAAUCAAUUACUAAGGAUGUAUGCAAGCUGCCAUCGUUUUUUUCCACUUCUCUUUUCAGAAAAAUUGACAAUGGAGCAGGUGUUGUGACAAGGAAUGCAUUUAUUGAUUAUUGGAUUAAUGGCAACAUGUUAACCAUGGAUUUAGCUACUCAAAUAUACACAAUUUUGAAGCAACCACAACUUAAUUACCUUACUCAGGAUGAUUUUAAACCUAUCCUACGUGAACUUUUAGCAAGUCAUCCAGGGCUGGAGUUUUUGCAGAGCACGCCUGAGUUUCAAGAAAGAUAUGCUGAAACUGUUAUAUACAGAAUCUAUUAUUACAUUAAUAGAGCCGGGAAUGGUUGCAUGACUCUGAGGGAGCUUAAGCGUGGAAAUGUAAUUGAUGCAAUGCAACAUGCCGAUGAAGAAGAAGACAUCAACAAGGUUUUGAGAUACUUCUCAUAUGAGCAUUUUUAUGUUAUAUACUGCAAGUUUUGGGAGCUAGAUACAGAUCAUGAUUUCUUGAUAGACAAAGAGAAUCUUAUCAGAUAUGGUAACCAUGCACUUACCUAUCGAAUUGUUGACAGAAUAUUUUCUCAGGUCCCAAGAAAGUUUACCAGUAAGGUUGAGGGAAAGAUGGGAUAUGAAGACUUUGUUUAUUUCAUACUGUCAGAGGAAGACAAGUCAUCUGAACCAAGUCUGGAGUAUUGGUUCAAGUGCAUAGAUUUGGAUGGAAAUGGGAUUCUGACGAGGAAUGAACUGCAAUUUUUUUAUGAGGAGCAAUUGCAUCGGAUGGAGUGCAUGGCCCAAGAGCCUGUACUUUUUGAAGAUAUAUUGUGCCAGAUAAUUGACAUGAUUGGACCUGAGGUUGAGAACUAUGUAACUCUGCGUGACCUGAAAGGAAGUAAACUUUCAGGAAGUGUUUUCAACAUCCUGUUCAAUCUCAACAAGUUCAUGGCCUUUGAAACUCGUGACCCAUUUUUGAUUCGUCAGGAACGUGAGAAUCCAACAUUGACAGAGUGGGACCGAUUUGCUCAUAGAGAAUAUAUUAGGCUUUCAAUGGAAGAAGAUGUAGAAGAUGUCUCUAAUGGAAGUGCAGAAGUCUGGGAUGAAUCACUAGAGGCUCCCUUUUGAAAUAUUUAUGAAUGAAAAGAGAUUAGUGCCCCAAAAUCGAUGGACUGGCCUUUGUUCGGAGACUGGACAGAGGAUCAGCUUUUAAGUUGGAUUGUACCAGCUUUGCUUCAAAUAGUGGGAAAUUCCAAGCUUCACUAUGGAAUGUGUUUUUUAUGGGCGGGCUCCAAGAAUAUUCAGAUCUGCUGGUAGUGACAUAAAAUGAUCAUGGAAGUUUUGCUGCCUUGUACCAAUAUCCAUGCACAGUGAGGAGGUUUGCUGAGAAGUGAUUUGGCAGAAUGAAUUAUAGACAUCAUUGAGUUUGUUGUUAUUUUAGGAGCAUCUAAUUUGUCAAGUAACUUAAUAAAUAGCAGAAUUUUCUCACGUUUUAUUAUUUUUUUUCUUCUAAUUUUUAGUAGUUUGCUUCAAUGAUCAAGUUCUGGAUCUGUCAAAUAGUACAUUGGUUUUUCAUCUGCGCAUCUGGUUGUUGUUUUUCAA